AUGACGAUUGAAGAAAUUGAAGUAUUAUCUUCGGAUGAGGAUAAUACUGUACAAAAUAUAACACUUGAAGAUGUUAUUGAAAAAUGUGGAUCUUUUCAUCGAUAUCAAUUCAUACAUUUUUUCUUUCUUAGUUUUUUUCCAAUAGCUGCAGGAAUUGUUAAUUUUUAUUAUGUAUUUGGAGGAGCUGAAAAUUCAUAUGAAUGUCAAAUAUCAAAUGAAAUUAAUCAAUAUUCGAAUAUUGAAAUCUUAUCAUCUCAAUGUUCUUAUGAAAUAAAAGAUUAUCGGAAUCAAACAAUUGAUACAUAUCCAUGUAGUAAUUGGGAAUAUGAUCGAACGAUUUUUGGUGAAACAUUUACUAGUGAAGCAAAUCUUGUUUGUCAACAUAGUAUUCGUCGUUCAUUUUUAUCAACAAGUUUACAAAUAGGUGCUAUGUUAAUUUUUUUUUGUGGUCAAAUAACAGACAUAAUUGGACGUCGUCGUUCAAUUCAAUUGUUAGUUGCUUUAUUAUUAAUUACUUCUUUAAUUACUCAAACACUUUUACAAUUUGUACCAAUGUCAAUAAAUCAAAAAUUUAUUUUACUUCUCAUCAAUCAAUUUGUCAGUGGUAUUGAUACAUAUGUGGUAUCAUUUCUUUUACUUCUGGAAAUUACUACAUCAAAAUAUGCUACAUUUGCUGGUAAUUUAGCACUUAUUUCUUUUGCAUUAGGUGAAAUAGUAGUAACUGGCAUGGCAUAUUUAUGUCGACAUUGGCUUGUUCUUAAAUGGAUUAUAACAUUAUAUAUUAUUGCGCUUGUACCUUAUCUUUUUUUUGUACCGGAAUCUCCACAUUGGCUAUUAACAAAACAUCGAUAUGAUGAAUUAGAAAAACUUCUUCGUCAAAUAGCACGAUGUAAUCGACAAUCUGAAUCAAAAUGGUUACCAUUUUAUCGAUGUGUUAUUAAAAAUCAUCGAGACGAUAAACUUAUGAAUCAAAAAAAUAAAAUCAAGUUAUCAUUUAUAGCUAAAAUACAUCGAGUUGUAACACAUAUACCAACAAUGAGUAAACUAAUAAUAUCAGGUUAUAUUGGAUUUAUAACAUUACUUCUCUAUAUUAAAAUAUCAUUUAAUCUUGGAGCAAUGGAUGAAAUUGAUCCAUAUUUAAAUAUAAUUAUUGGUGCUAUUGUCGAAGCUGUGGGGUAUAUUGUACCAAGUCUUUUUAUGAUACGAUAUGGUCGGAAACCUAUAUUUAUACUUUUUCUCAUGCUUACUGUUAUUUGCUUAUUAGUAACACCAUAUACACAUAAUCAAAAUCAUUUGAUUAUUAUAUUUAUUGCUCAAUUAGGAAAAUUUUCAAUAAGUGCAGCAACUUGUGUUACAUAUAUAUUUGUACCAGAAUUAUUCCCUACAUCAAUUCGUGGUACUGGUAUGGGUUUUUUUAUUUUAUUGAGUCGUAUUGGUUCAACUGUUGGACCGAUAAUUGAUGCCAAGAUCCGUCACAAUCAUUCCUUAGUUACUCAAAUGUAUUAUUUAUAUGCAGUAUUAACUUUUCUUUGUAUUGUAUUAACAUUCUUAUUACCUGAAACUCGAAAUGUUCCAUUGGCUGAUAAAAUAGACUAUGGUAUCAAGAAAAAUAAAAAAACAUUAUCGAAUACAUAA